AUGGUUUCCAUCGUUUUGGGCUCUCAAUGGGGAGAUGAAGGAAAGGGGAAGAUCACAGAUGUGCUUUCGCAACAGGCAUCAUUGUGUUGCCGUGCCGCUGGUGGACACAAUGCCGGUCACACUAUCGUUCACGACAAUGUGACCUAUGACUUCCACAUUCUGCCCUCUGGUCUAGUCAGCCCUUCAUGUAUUAACCUCAUCGGCGCCGGCACCGUUUUCCACGUCCCAAGUUUCUUCAAGGAACUCGCCCAGAUCGAAAACAAGGGUCUCACCUCCGCCAGCAAGCGGAUCUUCGUCUCUGACCGCGCACACGUCUGUUUCGACCUCCACUCCGUCGUCGACGGACUCGAGGAGGCCGGUCUCGGUGGCCGCAAGGUCGGCACCACCGGUAAGGGUAUCGGUCCCUGCUACAGCGACAAGGCCGCCCGCCGCGGUGUGCGUGUCGGUGAGAUUCUAGAUGAGGAGACAUUCGAGCGCAAGCUCCGUGUUCUGGACACAUCGUACCGCGCGCGCUUCGGCGAGCUCGCGUAUGAUGUCGAGGAAGAAAUCGCUCGGUUCAAAGAAUACCGCACCAAGCUGGCUCCCUACAUCGUCGAUCAGCUCGAGUUCCUGCAAGAACACAAAAACUCGCCCAACAUCCUCGUAGAAGGCGCCAACGCCCUCAUGCUGGAUCUCGACCACGGCACCUACCCCUUCGUGACCUCAUCCUCGACCGGCCUCGGCGGAGCCGUCCAAGCACUAGCUCUGAACCCAUCAAGCAUCAAGUCGGUAAUCGGCGUGAUCAAAGCGUACACAACGCGCGUAGGCUCAGGCCCGUUCCCCUCCGAGCAGUUGAACGCCGAAGGCGACAAGCUGCAAAGCGUUGGCCGUGAAUUCGGCGUGACAACUGGCCGUCGUCGUCGUUGCGGUUGGCUCGAUCUCGUACUUGCGCGCUACUCGCACUCUAUCAACCACUACACUGCGCUGAACCUGACCAAGUUGGAUGUCCUCGAUGACUUUGAUGAGAUCAAGGUUGGCGUUGCGUACAUCUUGCCUAAUGGCAAGCGUACGACUUGCACGUUCCCGGCUGAUUCAAAGGUCGUCGAGAAGAUUCAGGUUGAGUAUGUUACCCUUCCUGGAUGGAAAUCUAACACAAUGGGUGUGACUAAGUACGAGGAGCUGCCGCCUAAUGCUCGUGCUUAUAUCGAGUUCAUCGAGAAGGAGAUUGGCGGUGUUCCCAUCAAGUGGAUCGGUACUGGUCCUGCUCGGGAACACAUGAUUGCUCGCAAAUAG